AUGAAUAUAUUCAUAUUUGUAAUCUUUUUGACUAACUUUGUGUCUUCAGUUAACUUGAAUCUCCCUUCUUUGAAAUCGAAUUGGAUGACAGAUUUCCUUGUAGUUAAUAUGGACUCAAGUGAAAUUACGUAUAAUGUUGUUACAGAGUGUUAUAAACAUAUCCCCAACAAUAAACGACUCAUUUCUGCUCUGAAUUUAAAUUCAGUUUGUUACCUCAGUCACUCCUCUUUUUUCAUCCACAAAAAUGGGCAAAACAUCACCCGAUGCGGUGAGUGGCUUAGUGUGACAGGACCAAGCCAGACAAAUGUUCAUUGUAUGGUGGCGGGUUCAGCAGACAUGUAUUACUAUGGUGUUAAAAUAGAGAAGAAUGGUAACAACUUAGUAGGCCUGAAACGUCGUUUAUUUCUGUUAGGGACAUCACAAAUGAAAUAUAUAAAAGACUCUGUCUAUCAAGCAACAGUUUCUAUCAGUGACUGUUUACUUCAAAUUCCACCAAGUCUUGUAGUAUUAAAUGUGACUCAAAAUGAAGUUGUAGUUCAAGUUAUAAAUGUCAAUAGACCGGUUGCUUUAAUACAAAUAAAUUAUAACAAUUGUUAUAAAAACGAAGAUGACACUUUUACUUUAAGUCGUUUACUCAACACUUCUAAUAUAAAAAUCAUUUCAAUUGAUAACGAAAAAAUUGGGAUGUCAACUUUAUUAGAAAAAGUCGGUUAUAUAGCAAAUGCAACUACUUCAUUCCAACGAUAUUCUAUGGACCAAUGCAAAUAUAUAGCAGCAAUUUCAGUGUAUUACGAAGGUCAAGUUGUUAAAAAUCCACUCAUGAUUUGGUACACCUAUAAAGUGAACAAAACUUUCAAACCCGAAUUACUUAAUAUGACAAAAUCGAUGAUAAUUACUAAAGACGGAGACGGAGAUAUAAUGCUGACGUUCAUUUACGGUGCUGCAUUUCUCAUGUCUCAAGAUUUUAGUCAAUUUAAGUGUCAAUUAGAGGUAAAUUUUGUUUUAGAAAUCAUUGAUGUCAAACUCAUGUUAAUAACUAAUAUGGAAAAGGCUGGAAGUCAAGACGGAGCAAUACUUGUUAGAGAAAACCUCACAUAUAAAUAUAUUCAAGACAAGAACACGGUGUCUCUGUUUAUUGCAAUGGAUAAGACCUGCAAAGAGUUUACUAAUGGACUUUUAAUUCGAUACAAAAGUAAGACGGGAGAUAUUUUAAUACUCAAAAAUUCAUCAUUUGAUAAUGUCCAAGAAAUUCAAAAAAUGCACCAAUGCGACGAAAAAUCGUUUGACUGCGAUAACACGGAAUGUACUGUAGAUAAUAACUCACUCGACGUUGGAACAAGAAAAUGGAAAAGUGGGUGUGAACCUAUUUGUGGUCGUUGUAAUGAAGGCUAUAUGUGUACAACUAUGGGAAGGUGUGUGUUAACAAAAAACAAUAAUAUGAGGAGUAAUGCUUUGAGAAUAGAAAACGUGCUGUUCUAUUUUUAUAUGGCUUCCGAAUUAUUUUUUUCAAUUAAUAACCAAUUACAAUAA